GCAGUGCCGAGCGGACUCGUCCCCACCGACCGGCAGUCAGUGCGCUUGCGUGCGGUCCCAGCGCCGCGGUUCUUGACUGUGCUGUGCAGGGCGCUGGUUGUUGCCAUGCAGGGAGCGGACUCUGACCAGCCCUUCAAACGGCCCCGACGCGAUGGCAGCCCGAGAACCCCGCCAAACAUCCCUUCCGCGGCGGCGGAGAGCUCCCCGGGCCCCAAACUCCACCGCGACUACCAGACCUGGGGCCCGGAGCAGGUGUGCUGCUUCCUAAAGCGCAGUGGCUUCAGUGAUCCCGGACUGCUGGAACGCUUCCGAGGAAAUAAAAUCACAGGUUCAAUACUGCUCCAUCUUAAUGAGUCUGAUCUUGAAAGUCUUGGAAUAAGUACUUUGGGUGACAGAAAGAAGCUGCAUAAUUAUAUCCAGCAACUGAAGGAAAUUCAUGUUGAUGCAAUGAAGGUCAUUAAUGAUCCUAUCCAUGGCCACAUUGAACUCCACCCUCUCCUCAUCCGAAUCAUCGACACACCUCAAUUUCAGCGGCUUCGAUAUAUCAAACAGUUGGGUGGCAGUUACUAUAUUUUUCCAGGCGCUUCGCACAACCGAUUUGAGCACAGUCUAGGCGUAGGGUAUCUAGCGGGAUGUCUUGUUCGUGCACUGCGUGAAAAACAACCAGAGCUGCAGAUAAGUGAACGGGAUGUGCUCUGUGUUCAGAUUGCUGGCCUCUGUCAUGAUCUCGGUCAUGGGCCAUUUUCUCAUAUGUUUGAUGGAAGAUUUAUUCCACUUGCUCGCCCAGAUGUGGAAUGGACGCAUGAACAGGGCUCAGUGAAGAUGUUUGAGCACCUAGUUAAUUCUAAUGGUCUCAAAGCUGUCAUGGAACAUUACGGUCUCAUCCCUGAAGAAGAUAUAUGCUUUAUCAAGGAACAAAUUACAGGACCACUUGAAUCACCAAUCAAAGAUUCUUUGUGGCCAUACAAAGGGCGUCCUAAAGAGAAAAGCUUCCUUUAUGAGAUAGUGGCCAAUAAAAGAAAUGGCAUUGAUGUGGACAAAUGGGAUUAUUUUGCCAGGGACUGCCAUCAUCUUGGAAUCCAAAAUAAUUUUGAUUACCAGCGCUUUAUCAAAUUUGCCCGUGUUUGUGAAGUAGAUGAUAGGAAGCGUAUUUGUACUAGAGAUAAGGAGGUUGGGAAUCUGUAUGACAUGUUCCAUACCCGUACCUCUUUGCACCGCAGAGCUUAUCAACACAAAGUUGGCAACAUCAUUGAUACAAUGAUUACAGAUGCUUUCCUCAAAGCAGACCCCUACAUAGAAAUUGUAGGUGCUGAAGGAAAAAAGUAUCACAUUUCUACGGCAAUUGAUGACAUGGAUGCCUUCACUAAGCUCACAGAUAACAUUUUCCUGGAGAUUUUAUAUUCUUCUGAUCCCAAACUGAAUGCAGCACGAGAGAUUUUAAAAAAAAUUGAAUGCCGUAAUCUAUACAAGUAUGUGGGUGAGACUAAACCAAAAGGAACAACAAAAAUUGAAAAGGAAAAUUAUAAAAGCCUUCCAGAAGAUCUCGCUAAUUCUAAACCUAAGGACAUCUUGAUAGAAACUGAACUAAAGGCUGAAGACUUCAUAGUGGAUGUUAUCAACAUGGAUUAUGGAAUGGAAGACAAGAAUCCUAUUGAUCAUGUUCGCUUCUAUUGUAAGAGUGACCUCAGCAAAGCAGUCAGGAUUACUAAAGAUCAGGUUUCAGAGCUUUUGCCAGAGAGGUUUGCAGAGCAGCUAAUUCGCGUAUACUGCAAGAAAACUGAUGCAAAGAGCUUGUUUGCUGCACACCAGUACUUUGUUCAUUGGUGCUUAAUCAGAAACUUCACCAAGCCACAGGCCUCCCUCUCCACUCCUGUGAUGACAACUUGAUACUUUCUCUCUGCUCAACCUUCACACUUCUCCAUCCUCACUCUUAGUUGAUGACCUCACCCCACACUUCAUAAGAAGACUGAAGUCAUCGGAUGUCUUCGUCUUCCUACCUGUACACCCACAGAUCUACCUGCACUUGGACCCAUCUUGUCUUUGCAGCCUGCAUCUGGUGAGCAACACGCCUUUUCCUCUCUGAGCCAGUCCGUGGCUGCCAGGGAUCUACUGAGCCCUUUUAAGAAAUGAAACUGGGCAACGCACUGCCCACCACUGCCUUCUGGGAAAGAUAGAUGGAUACCAGGCAUCCCAGCAUAGGGAACGGAUCUGGGAUCUGUCCAGUAGGACCCCAGGAUCUUUGUCAUAAGUCCUCCUUCCCCCCUCUCUAGAAGGUUGGGAAUAUUACCUUCAGCUGUGGGGAGAAGGAGAAGAGGAAUGUCUCUCCAGUACCAUAGAAGCCUUUGCUGAGUCGAAGAGCCGAGGAGGAGAAGGCCCCAAACAUCUGGAAAGCAGAAGAGCUUGAAGUUGCAGCUGGAAGGGAGUGGAGGUCCUCUGGCAACCCCGCUCUCCAGGCUUGGUAAUACAGGCUCAUCCUAGUAGGGCCCCUGGGGAGCCUGGGACAGAGCUGGGGGAUGGAGAGGGCCCCAGAGCCCAUCAGUGUGUCCCUUCGCUUAACACUCCCCAAGAAAGAGCCCUUGCUGGUGUCCUCCUCCUUUUUCUUAAAUGUACUUAUUUUGUAUAAGUAAUCCUUGUAGAAAAGUAUUAGAAGUUAUAGACAAGCAGAAAGAAAAAAUGAAGCCAUCCCAAAUCCCCCUCUGCUCCCCAAGAUAACUAUUCUUAACAUUUUUGUGCAUUUCCUCCCAGCAUCUGUUUAAUACCAGUGUGCGUAUUCUUAUACAGAAAACCAGAUCCUAUAGUGCAUCUGUUUUGUGUGUUUUUUUUAAGUUUUAUUUAUUUAGGUAAUUUCUACACCCAACGUGGGAUGUGAACUCAUGGCCCUGAUAUCAAGAGUCACAUGCUCUUUCAAAUGAGCCAACCGGGCACCCUGCACAUUGUUUUGUAAGCUGCCUCCCCCCUUCACUUUUCUUCAUAAAAGUCCAAACAUCCAAAAAAAGUAAAAGUCCGGCACAGGUUACCCUCCAUGAGGGUUUAAAACUGUAAAUGUGUUUGCCAUACUUGCUUUCUCUCUCCUUAUAUUUUUUUGGUGUCCUGUUUGAAAUUGUAGGUAUUAUAACCUUUUACCCCUAAAUAGUUCAGCUCCAAGAAUGGGGACCUUCUUAUGUAUAACCACAAUACUAUCAUCUCACCUAAUAAAAUUAACAGCAAUUUCAUAAUAUUA